AUGACAGCCGACUCCGUCCACUCGCCUAGCCAGGGGGAUAGCCCAGGCUCCUCCAACUUGCAGAGGGUCUCCCCGUCUGGCUGCAAGGUGGAGCCAUUGUUAAUCAAAGCGGAGCCCAGAGGGAGCCCUGCGGAGAGAGGAGGGGAGCAGCCUGCAGAGGAACAGCCACCUUGCCCCGGCGCAGGUGGCGGCGGCAGCGGCGGCCGCCGGAGGAAGCGUCCAGUGCAUAGCGGGAAGCCCCCGUAUUCCUACAUCGCUCUGAUCGCCAUGGCCAUUGCCAACGCACCAGAGCGCAGGCUAACUCUGGGCGGCAUCUAUAAGUUCAUCACCGAGCGCUUCCCCUUCUACCGGGAGAACCCCAAGAAGUGGCAGAACUCCAUCCGCCACAACCUGACUCUCAACGACUGCUUCGUCAAGAUCCCCCGCGAGCCGGGCCACCCGGGUAAAGGCAACUACUGGGCCGUGGACCCCGCCGCCGAGGACAUGUUUGACAACGGCAGUUUCCUCCGGCGGAGAAAGCGCUUCAAGCGCACGGACCUCGCCACAUAUCCAGGCUACGUGCACAGCGCCAGCGCCUUUACCCCCAACCCAGGGCCGGUUGCCUGGGCGGGUCCCUGCAACGGCUCCGGAGGCUUAGCUUACCCCGGCAGCGGGGCCCCCAUCUAUGCCCCUAGCGGCGACGGCGCCUACAACGCGCAGCUGCCCGGGCUUCCCCAAUACCCUGGGGCGCCCCCUGCGCCGCAGUCCCGAAUGUUCAGCAUCAACAGCCUCAUCAGCUCUCAGCAGCAGCAGCAGCAGCAGCAAGCCGCGGCUCUGCAAGGCUCCCCCGUGGGGGCAGAGCCGACUUAUCAUCCCUUGGGCCUGAAUGGCGCCGGCGAAGUGGGCAGCUGUACCGUGAGCAAUCCGGAGGCCUGUUUCCAGACGCAGCAAGUUAGCCCCGGCUUGCUGGGCCAGCAGCCGCCCACCAUGACCCACCCGUACUCCGCCUCGCCACCGGGCCACUUGACCUUGCCGCAAGGCGUGUAUUCAUCUCCCAACGCGCAGCUCUACGGCGCCCCCAAUAGGCUGGCUCUGCAACCUGGCCUCCCUGCCUCUUCCUGCGUCGACCACGCGGAGCAACUGCUGGGCCUCGCAGCCUCUCAGCUCAACUGUCAUGGGCAGUUUGGAGCCGCUGCCAAUAACUCUUACAUGAGGCAACCUAAUUUCCCAUCCGGCCUGGAAAGGUACUUGUGA